UCUAUGCAAUAACUGAGGCCUAGACUGAUUUUAAAAUUCGACCGUUCACACCUCGCACACAGGCUUGAUGUAUUAUUUUAUUCCGAAAAAAAGUCUUUACGCAAGGUAAAGACCAAUAUUUAAUUGAAAUCGAACGCCAAGAACUGUAAAGGGCCUAAAUUGUAAGAUUUGCCAUCACCAUGUCGAAAUAUAUAAUGGUAAGCUUUCAGUCGAAAUACCGAGAAAUUGUCCGAAGGAUAGUAGAUCGUUUGCGAAAGGAAGGUUACAUAGUGUGGAUGGAUGAAACGGAUAUGGAAAAUCGUAUUGCAGAUGACUUAGCUAAUGCCAUUAAAGACGCAGAGGUUGUUCUGGUGUGCUUAUCAAGUAAUUACAAAGACAGCGUUUACUGUGAAAGAGAAAGUAACAACGUUGCACACUUCAGGAAGCCGUUUAUUGUACUUAUGAUGGAAAGGUUCACGAUGGAUGGCUGGGUUGCUAACUAUUAUAGUGAACGUCUCUAUACUGACUUUUCAAAAGAGGAAAUGUUUGAAACGGGGUUUCAAAAUCUGCUUGAACGUCUACAGAGGGAUCACCCACACUUGAGUCGUAACGUACCUAAUCCAACACCUUCUGAUUCACAGGCAACAACCAAUAAUCCACUACCUUCGAAUCCAGGCGGUGCAAGUAGUACAGUUAGUGGAGCACAGUCUACUGCACCAUCUGGUUAUCAGACUGACAGACGACAAGUUGCUGAAGCAUCUGGUGAUCAGAAUGACGGACAACAAGGUAAUUGAGACAUUUUUUUUUAUUAAGAACCAUUAAUAAUUUAUUUGUUAAUAAACUUACAUGAUUUUUAAUAAGGAAAAUAUAUUUAUUUACCAUCAAUUUUUUUUAGCAAUCGGCAAUGUUUCACAGUAUCAGCUAACCUUAAUACGCUCUGUGAUCCAAAUGAUGGGCUUGGUUCUGAGCCCCUUUUGUGUGGUAUUCUGAAACGUCCUCUUCUUACUUCAAGGGAGGGUAUGGGGAGAGGCUAGGGAGCUUAAGCCAUCCGAUUUUUUACAUUUAUAAGGUAAAAUGAUGAUGGCAACCUAUAUAAACAUUCCUAAAAGCUGUAUUAUGCAUACAACUGUAUAUUCAUUUAUAUAUUUAGUUUAUACAAUGGCAACGGGUUUUUUUUUAACUUUCGAAUAAAGUUGUUAAACUGCAAGUAUAGAUCUGUCAAUAUCACAAUAAUGUAAAAUUCUUGUUGAUUGCAGCCUCCCUACCCCUCCCGACCAGUGGGGCAACGCCCGUAAGCUCCCUGUGGCCCACUCAAAGGGGCCCGGGGUCCUCCUACUACCAGUACUACCCAGCACUUUACUACCGAGCCUUGACCCAGUGGCGUAACGCAUGUGCUUUCUGGGGCCAGUCCUAGUUCAAUGGGCCUGGAGAGCCCAAGGGGGCCCCUUCCUACUACCCAGCACACUACUACAACGCCUUGGUACGGUAACCUUUUCCCUGCUUUUUCUAUAAUUUAAAAAAAACCAAAUAUACCACAAUCUCAUAUUCAUUCAUUCCUUCAUUCAUUCAUAUAUUUAGUGCAAUUGAUCCCGCCAUUUGUUUAUUCACCUGAAAAGAGCCUAGCACUAGCACCUGGUGAUUGAGCUGGUACCCCUCAUGAAGCAGCCUCUAGUGCAAUUUUUUCUAACCUAGUGUAACUUUGAUUGUU